GAAAUGAAUUGGAUUAUUUUCAAAAUCCUAAUUACAAUAUCGAUGGAUAGAUGGAUGAACCUUGAAAUUAUCUUUGACAAACACUCACACAAAUGCAGAAGCAAACACAGACACAGUUAAAUAACCAUUUAAACAACAAUGAAUUCAAUCCGAAAAGAAAAAAAUUAACACAAAUAAUUCCAGUUCUAAUCCCAUCCAAAAAAAAACAAAUGAUGAUUCAUUCAACCAAAAAAUUAAAAUAACACUGAAACCAGCUGACUUAUGGAUGAUAAAAAAAUAAGAAAAAAGGGUAAAUAUCGACAACGACAACAAUCAAAUAUUUUGUUUAGAUUUUAUCUGGGCGGAGCCUAUAUUUGUAUCAUACAACAAGAAAGAAUUUCACGUGAUCAUUUUAUUUGUAUGCACCAAAUUAAUCGGAGCUGACAUUGAUCAUGUUUUUGUUGUUAUAGCAAUAUUAUUAUCCUUUUUGUUUUGUGAGUCGUCAUUUUUUUUUGUUGUAAUCCAAUCAUUUUACAAGUUGUCGACACACCUGAUUGUGAUAAAUUUUGUGGAUAUUUUAAAAUUAUCAUCAUAUUAAUAAUUGUCCGAAAAUGAUGAACAAUAACACCAACAAUGGCCAACAAGCAAACAAUGAUUAUGUCUAUCGAACAGCUGAAUAUAUGCCACCACCGAUUUAUAAUGAUGUUACACCAUUGAUUGCCGAUAAUCGUACAUCUAGUGGUCGAAAUAUUUUAACUAUAAGACCCGAAUAUAUCUAUGUAUUUCCUAGUGUAGGUUCAAGACGUCGUCGUUUAAUAAAUCUUUUCCUAUACAUUGUUAUGAUUAUUCUAUUGGCCGGUCUUUUUGUCAUGUUUAUGUCUAUGUUUAUAACAUAUUCACAAGAUUUUAAAUACUUACUGUUUGUACGUCGAUGGCCACCAACCGUUUGUCGUGAUCAUAAUGUUUGCCGUCCAGAUUCUAAACAAUUUGAACGUUGGGUUAUUCAUGGUCUUUGGCCAGAAAAUGCCGACAAUACUUGGGAUCAAUUCUGUUCUAAUCAACCGUUAAAUCAAACAGUAUUGAAUCCAAUACAUGAACGUAUGUUAAACAUAUGGCCAAAUUUAUUACAAGGUAAAACGGAAAAUUCUCUUUGGAAACAUGAAUGGCGUAAACAUGGAACUUGUGCAAAAAUGACACAAUUUGAAUAUUUUAAUCAAACGCUCAAUCUAUAUGAGGAAUUUGAUUUGGAUCGAGCUUUAAUUGAAGCUAAUAUCGUGCCACGAUCAGAUAGAAAAUAUUCUCGUGAACUAUUCGAACACGCAUUACAUGAAUCAAUCAAUAGGAAAGAUUUUCAAUUAAAUGAUCCUCGAAAUUAUAUUCUUAAUUGUAAAGAACAUGAAAAUGAUUCAUAUUUAGAAGAGAUUUGGCUUUGUGUCUCAUUUCAUCGUCCAGAUCAACCAUCAUAUUGUACAAUGGAAUCAUCAUGUCCGAAUAGUUUUUAUUAUACCGGAUUCUAAAAAAGUGUCCAUUGAUUCAAUUUUUUAUUGAUUCUUAAUCGACAAUUUGAUUUAUAAAACAAUUUGAGAAAAUAUUUUAUAU